AUGGACUUUCAGAGCACUCAGGGCAAUUAUUGUUUCCAUGAAAAUGUUCUGCUGCACGGAGAUGGAUCAAAUGGAGCUGGAAACCCAGCCGAUGUCAUGUCUAGGGUGGACCUCGAAAUUCAAUUUGGCUCUGAGAAGUUACUGAAUUUAGAGAUGCUGGUGAUGGAGGUAGCUGACCGAGCAAAUGAUAUUGAACCUCUCAUGCUGGACCCUGGGUCACUUUCGACUGAGUCGCUCGAGAAUGCUUUCGAAUUUGACCUAUUGUACGGGAUUCUAGAUGCAGAAGUCAGGGAGUUGGAGAGGUUAAUCAGUUAUAUUCAAAUCGAUAUUGGAAACAUCGAAAAGAAGCUUAACGGGGAAGAGUCAGAGGGCUGGUUGAAGGGUAAGCUACAUGCUGCCAUGGACUCCUUGAAGCAGAUGCAGGAGGUGAUAGCCACAAUUAGAAGAGAGUUUGCAAACUUUGAAAAAGCCCUAGACCCUUCCCACCGUAAAGCUGGAAAUAGUGAAGGUGGUGCAUAUGAAAAUGGACACGUUUCAUCUCACACAACUAUCCAGGCUGAGGGCCAAAGGAAUGUUCUUCAGAUGUUAGAACAGUCGAUAGCAAAUGAAUUAGAUCUUGAAAAGAAGCUAAGUGAUUUGGGGGUUCUCGUGGAAGAGCUGAAAAUGAAGCUGCAUCAUGUUGAACACGGGUCGUAUUUCUUGGAGGAAUCGGUUGAAGCGAUUUCUGAAAGAAUGUUUGCAGCAGAAAAUGCUUCCGAGUUGUUUCUUGUAACGUCAAAGGAACUUGUUAACAGAAUUAAUACCAUGCAGUACCAACUAAGUGCAUCAGGUUGUAGGGAAAGUGAUCUUAAAGCAAAGCUAGAGCAAAGCUUGGUGCAGUUAAAUGCUUUGAAUGGCUCACUGGAGAUGAUGCAAAAUGGCGGUGAGGAGAAUGCCAGCCAGGAUUCCAUGCAGAGGCAAAGGCUGUCGACCCCUGAGUUCUUCGCUUUACAGCAUAAGGUUCAGAAACUGGAGGAGUGGCUGAGGGAAUCUUGCUCCCAAUUGCAGUUCGUAACAGUAUCGACAGAAGGAAAUGAAAAAGAGCAGAAUAUGUCACCAUCUGAGAUAAGCAGAUUUAGGAAUAUAAUCAAUGAUAUUAAAGAUGCUGUUUCCAAAGCAGAAAGUAGAACACAAAAGGCCGAAGCAAGGUGUGCAGAGCUCACUCACACUAAUGUACAACUUAAUGGGGAGCUAAAUCAUAUGAAGACUCGGGGGUCAGAUAAGGCAGGCUUAUUGGAAAUGGAUCUUAUGGAGACAGAAGCUCAGUUAGAGCAUACAGUGGCAUCAGUUGAGGCUAUUAGUGAACAUCAGAGCAUGUUAAAGUCUUCAAUCUCUGAUAUGCAACAUGUGAUUGAAGAUCUGAAGGAUAAGUAUUUGAAAGCUGAAACCAGGGCUGAGAAUGCUGAAUCAAAAUGUACAUUGUUGACAGAUACCAAGUUCGAGCUUAGUGAAGAGAUAUCAUUUCUGAGAGGUCGAGUUGGAGGUCUAGAGAACUCGUUACGCCAAGCUAACCAACUAAAGCUGUCCACUGCAAAAGAUAUUGGUAUUAAAACUAAGACCAUCACUGACUUGGUUGCGAAACUUGCAUUGGAAAGAGAACGCCUUCAUCUGCAGAUUGUCACGCUAACAAGGAAGAACAGGAUGUUGACUCAAAAAUGCAAAGAGAAUGUCAAUGAAGGCACCUUGUUAAGCAAAAAGGUUACUGCUAAUGAAGGUGAACUCAGGCCGACUGGUGUAAUAGAGGAAGUACUUCUGGAUUCUUCAUCAAUGCAGACAAAGGUGAAGGCUGACGCUCUUAUUGGAGAGAAGGAAGCUGGGAUUACUGCUGUGCUUGAUGAUGAAUCUUGCACUCUUGAGACCGUGCGUUCUAUUGAGCCAACACUCCUGAACUGGAAGUACAUUUUCGUGGCAUUCCUUUUCUUGUUGGCUGCCGCUCUUGUGCACCUACAACUAACGUACCCUGUAUUACCAGGUAGUAUGUAA